AUGGUGUUCCGGAUUGUUUCCCGCAGUGCGCAAGCCGCGACUCGCCACUCUCUUGCUGCGUCGGUUCCGCGCCCGGCAGCCGUGCUGCCUGCUGUGAUGAAGACGCCAGCACGUUUCUACUCUGACAAGCCAUCGCCCGAGGCCAAGGCAUCCUCUAUCAUUGACUCUCUUCCAGGCAACAGCCUCAUUUCCAAGACGACAUGGGUCACCCUCGGUGCCGGUCUCACAGCGUUCGGCGUGUCAAACGAGUUGUAUGUCGCUAACGACGAGACGGUCAUUCUUGCCGGUUUCUUGAUCUUUGCUACGCUUCUCGGACGCAGUGUGUCGACACCGUACAGGGACUGGGCUGACGCUACGAUCGCUAAAAUCUCGGGUAUUCUGAACGAGGCCCGCUCCGGCCACACGAAGGCCAUCCAGACUCGUAUUGAUGCUGUUGACGAGAAGAAGGACGUUGUUGAUGCUACGAAGGGCCUCUACGCUCUUGCCAAAGAGACCGUCCAGGCCGAAAAGGAGGCUUUUGAGUUGAAGCAAAAGACACAACUCGCAGCCGAGGUCAAGACGGUCCUCGACAGCUGGGUCCGCUUCGAGGCGCAAGAGCGUGAGGCUGAGCAGCGUCUCCUGACUGAGACCGUGAUCGAGAAGGUUGCUCAGACGAUCCGUGAUGAUAAGACGCAGAAGCAGAUCCUCGACAGCGCUGUUGCCGAGAUUGAACAGCUCGUCAAGAGCAAGAAGAUCUAA